ACUAAAGUUAACCCUAAAUUUUUCUAAUCAUUUUGGACCUAACGUUUGAUAUGACAUGUAAGGUGACAAUCAGGAUUUUUUCGGAUCGAGCGCUUGAAGUAACACCAAAUUAAGAACUGAAUCUGAAUCUAAUACUAACUAUAAGGUCAGAUCCAAUCAAAAAACUUAAUUUAUUAAGUAGGGCUAACAUCUAACUUAUACAUAUUUAUAACAUUUCUUAUUCGAAUUCGACGUGAACAAACUUGUAACAUUAUACAAUUAGACCAAAGGCGCUUGGUUGCUGGUUCGUAAUUUAUAUUUUUUUUUAUUUUUUAUCAGCCCGGUUCAUAAUUUUGAAAGCAUAAAAUAUGUCCAACUGAAGAGAGGCGAAAUAAUGUAUUCCUCGUAAAAGGAUUUUAGUGGGCUUGGCCGACCAGCCAACUGGGCCUUGAGUUGGAUAAAUUGAAUACCAGGUGAAAUAAUGGGUUGAAGCAGGCUUAGACAUUUGUCAACAUAGUGGGCCUCCAGGGCCGGUGUCCCAAAAUGGUCAGAUUCUUGUUUAAAAAGUUUUUAAACCUACCUACCAAAAGCGAAUUAAAAAAGAAAAGAAAAAAUCACUUACCAAAUACGGAGUAAUAAUAAUAAUAAAAUCCUAAACCUAGGAAGACACGAAAGACAAGCCCUAAUCCAACUCGGACUAUGAAUCUGCUCGUUUGUUUUAUAGGUAAAGUCUCUCUCUUUCUCUCUCUCUUGGAUCUGCAAAUUUAUGUGUUAAAUUAUGCUGAAAACUGUGAGUUCAAAUUCCAUGGAGAAAAGCACGAGACCCUCAAUUUAUGCUGAAAACGCAAGUGAGAAGGUCGAUAAAAGAGGGUUGAAUUUGGAGGAUCACAUUAGUGGACUUCCUGAUGAUAUUCUUGUUUCUAUCUUGUCACAAUUGACGAUGAAAGAAGCUGGAAGAACUAGUCUGCUAUCCAAGAGAUGGAGGUAUAUGUGGACUUACAUUGAAGGUUUAAACUUUGAUGCCUCACAUAUAAUAAAUGCACUUGAACUAGGUGAAAAGGAACUUGAAGUAGAAAGGCGUUUGUAUUUGAAUUGGGUUAAUCAAGUCUUGAAAUCGUACAAUGGUACCAGUUUAGAUGAAUUCAGAGUUCUAUUUGAUCUUGAUGAUGAAAGUUGUAAAUUUGACAUUGACAAUUGGGUUAAUUUUGCUAUAGAAAAGAGGGUUAAAAGGCUUGAGUUAGACUUGUCACCAUGUUCGGGAAUCAGUGUGCAUUCAUUGUCCCUUGGGUUUACCAGCUGCAACUCCCUCACCAAUCUCCUGCUGACAAACGUUAAUGUAACUGGGCAAGUUCUUGAGUACUUCUUAACUAACUGUCCAUUUUUGGAACAAUUGUCUGUGAGCGGAUCUAAUAGUCUUGUAAAUCUGAAAGUUCCUGACCUAGCACUCAAAUUGAAGCGCUUGGGGAUAAUUUACUGUUUCGAUGUGGAAAGUAUUGAGAUUUCUGCUAUGAAUCUAGUGUCAUUUGAGUACUUUGGACCAAAAAUAAGCCAGCCAUUUAAGAACGUCAAGGAGCCUGUUGAACUGUGUAUUGGGGGUGAGUAUUGUGAUUAUCUAAUUUAUAACUUUUUUGAAAUUUCAAACUAUCUUUCUCAACUAGAGAGCCUUACGUUGCACGCGACCUUCUAUGAGAUCAGUAUUAGGUUUCCUAAAUUUCCUGUCUUUAAUAAGCUCAAGCAACUGGAGUUGAGAGUUACUCCAGAUUAUCUUGAAAGUCUUGUUGUUUUUGCUCCCCUGAUAGAGGCGUGUCCUUUCUUGUGUAAAUUUGUGUUACAGCUACAUUGGGGCGAUUCCACCUCUAAGAGGAGAAACCUGGAAAAGGUUACAUCUCGGCCCCAUCAUUACCUUAAGGAGGUGGAAUUCAUUGGGUGGGUUGGGCGUGCAGAUGAUUUUGAGCUUGCAAUAUAUGUAAUCAAAAGUGCUGUCAUGCUCGAGAAGAUUACUUUUGAUCCUCGCAGUCCGCUUCUUAUAGGAACUCCAUGGGAGUUCACGGAGACCUUGAGAAAAAAAGCAGCGAGAAAGCGUGCUAGGCACUUUCAAACAAAACUUCCUGCUGGAGCAGCUUUAGUAAUCCUUUAAUUCUUUGAUGCUUGUAAGUUAUUGCUUGUACAUAUUGCAGCGAAAUUCUUAUAAAAGUGUAAGAUAUUUUUAUUAUUUAUAUACAUUUUUUAAAUAUAAAAAUAAGGCUUCUCAUUAUGUAUUAAAAACAUUUUUAAUUAAAAGUUUUG